GCGGAAGUGACGCCACAGAAGUGACGCAGCGGGGUCACAUUAGCCGCUAAAGCUAAAGUCCGAGGUUUUAGUUCUGAUCAUAAUGCUGAAAUAUUUACAGGUGUCGGGUCACUAGUCUGCACAUGGACACUCCGAACACAGAGGAGCCUCAUCUGAGGCACGUGGAGCUGGACGUGCUGAUCCCAAAGAAGAUGAGGGAGAAAGCUCGGGAGCUCUGUUCUCAGCAUGUACAAGCGUUCAGCACGUGCUGUAAGGAGAGCGGCUUCCUGAUGGUGCUGAAGUGCAGAGAGGAGAAUGCCGCACUGAAGGACUGUCUGACCAAGCACUAUAAGGACCCGGAGUUCUUUGAGGAGUGUAAACAGGAGUAUAUGAGGGAGAAGCUGGAAUAUGAGAGGACUGGAAUUCCCACCAAAAAAAGGAAGGAGAAAUUGCCCACCAGCAUGUAAAGAGCCGGAGAUUCCUGAUUAAUGCCAAGCGCAGACACACGCCUGGCCGCUCAGAGCCGGAGCUGCAUUAUAAUACAGACUCCGUCUCUGCGUCGCCGCCACUUUGAUAUUCAUGAUGGCCUCAUAUAAAUCUUCACUAGCACCUAAAGCCUGAUCAAAAUUCAUAGAGGAUUUUUCUUUUUUUGUUUUUGAAUCACAGCAGAGGAUGAUGGAGUGUUUCUCUCCUCAAGGGAAUUAUACGCAAUCUUUUUCCUUUUUUUAAGAAUGUAUAGUUUUACUCUGCUCUGUGUUUUUGCAGUGUGAGCGUAUCAGAGUUAUGAAUCUGUUAUGAAUGAGUUUCUUUCUCAGGCAGUACUCGCUUCACUUAUUCACUCACAACCAACGUGGAUACUAUUUCAGAUUAUUUAUAAUCAUAUACAGCACUGUGCAAAAGUCAGUCAUUGUCAUUGUCAUUUACUUAAUUUCCAGUCAAAACUGCUGUUAUUCAUUUUCACCAAAAAAAACCCCACAAAUUAUCCAGAAUCCUCAGUAGCUAACUCUACUCUCUCAGUGAGUCUCUCUUUCCCAUCAUUCCAGCUUCCAUUCUUUUCAGGAGACUCACUUUCAGUUCCUCAAAGAAUCUGCAGACUCACCUCCAAAGCUCAGUCGUAGAAGCUGGUUGAUGAUUUUCUGAAGUAAUCAAGCGCAUUCAGUGAUACUGAUUUCUGGACUCUGGGGUUUUCACUCCAUUGUUCAGCUUCUUUGUUUGAUGUGUCCAUCUGCUUUUCUCAGUGAGGUUGUUCUUGACAGCUACACAUCUUCAGACCCACAGCGCUGUCGUCUUCUCA